GUGUAAUAUGUAUAUUAGGGUGGUCCUUAUAUGGCAGUUUUGAAAAAAUAUUUAAAUUUCUCAUGGGAAACCCCCUAGAUUGGUUUAGUUACAUAUAAAAAUGAAAUAUUAGAAGUUUCAAGACAAUCAAAAAAAGUUAAGCUGUGCCACAAGAGCCCCAAACUUAUUCAUUUUUGAUUUUCACAAAUUAUUUUAUAUUUUAAAUUCUGACCAAUGAAAUAUUAAUUUUUUACAAAAUUGUAUCUUACAAUAUUUGUAUAAAAUACUUUUUUAUAAAUUUUACAUCCUUUACUGUUUUUCAUAGAAUAAUUAUUUUACAAACAAAUAUCGUUUUUAUACUAAAUUUUGUUUAUUUUUAAAAUUUUGUGGACAAGGAGUACCAUUGUGACAUCCAAUAUAGAACGUUUAUUUUGUUAACUAUAAUCUAUAUCAAUAAUCAAUAUAAUAAGUAUUAUAAUAUUGAAAUAUAACUUACUUCAUGCAUACAAUUGAAUAGGACAGUAUUAAGUAUAAAUACACUAUUGUACAUUAUGGUUUAUCUUAACGGUUUGUUGGAGAUAAAAUGCAAUACCUAACUAAAUUCAAUAAAUAUCUAUUUUUGUCUUAUCUUAUCUUGGAUAGUUGAAUAUGGAUUAUUUCUCGAACCAACUGACCCGUACUAGGUAUAUUGUUUAAAGAGGUUUUAGUUUUGUUGUGACUUUGGUUUCAACAUUAUUAUAUAUUGCGUGUAAUUCAAAUUGUGUUAUUAAAGUUAUCAUGGUUACAAAAAGUAGUUUACGUGAUGCUAACUACAUAUACUUAGUUGGACAUCCAUCAUCUCAAAUCGUCGGUAGUAAAUUGCCGUCAAUUCAACAGGUGUUAUCUGUGUUUUUUUAUAAUAUGCGUGAGGUAAAGCUUAACAUAAAUGAAAGUUCUAAAUUAGUUAUAAAAGAAGUAAGUGUUUUCUGGCAAAAAGCACGUAUACCGAUAAAAGCAGAACAACACUGUAUUUCAAAAUUACAAAAAUAUUACUAUGAAUGGAGAGAUUUACAAAAAUUGCACCACAGAAAAACUGAAACACAAAAAAAAAAAAAUGAACAAUUUAUUUCUACAUUAAAUGAUCUAUUUGAUAUUGCACAAGCUGAUGCACUGAAUAUUAUGAAGAUAGAAGAAGAUAGAUCAUUUUUAAUUUCUCAAAGACAAAAAAACCGUCCUGGAUCAAUGCUUGGAGUUGAUUUAAAAAUUACCAGAAAGGAAGAAAGGGCUGCAGAACGACUGAAAGUAUUUGAAGAAAAUAGAAAACGUACUUAUAGUGAAAUGGAAAUAGCUACUACGUUUCGAGACACCACUUUGUUGUCUGACGCGUCCACUAGCGAAGAUGAAGAGGAUAUGAAUCAACCUGGUCCAUCUAAAUCGCCAACAGACUGCACAAAAAAAGUAAGAGGAAAUACAGAUUUUAUAACGGCAAAACUAGCAGCUGCAUUUGAUAGAUGUAAAAUUAGCGACAGAGAUGCGGUUCAUAUUUUAAUUGCAACUGCAGAAGCAUUAGGUAAAGAUUUAAAUGAAUUAGUUAUAAAUAGAACUUCAAUUCGGCGUUCACGUAUAUGUCUUCGAAAAGAACGUGCUGAAAAUAUUCGUAAUAACUAUAAAAUAUCGAUCGAUGAUUCAAUAACUAUUCACUGGGAUGGGAAACUUUUACCGGCUUUAACAGGCAAGUACAAUGUGGAUAGACUUCCAAUUGUAGCUUCAUGUAAUGGUAAAGAACAAUUACUUGGAGUUCCGGCUCUUGAUACCGGGACAGGAGUUGAUCAGGCUAAUGCAAUAUUUCAAACACUUGAAGAUUGGUGUGUUACAGAUAAUAUUCAAGCAUUAUGCUGUGAUACAACUGCCUCCAAUAUGGGUCGUAUAAAAGGUGCCUCUGUUUUAUUGGAGCAUUUAUUACAGCGUAAUAUUUUAUACGUGCCGUGUCGGCAUCAUAUUUUUGAAAUUGUAUUGAGGAGUGUAUUUGAAGUGACAUUUGGUAUAACUACAUCAGGUCCAGACGUUCCAAUUUUUAAACGAUUUAGAGAAUUUUGGUCAAAUGUAAAUACUACAAAUUUUGAACCUGGUAUCAAAAAUGAAUAUGUUGAAAAAUUAUUGCACAACGUUAUUACAGAAAUAAUAGAGUUUUGUAUUAGUUAUUUAAAUAAAAAGCUCCCUAGGGAAGAUUAUAGGGAACUGUUAGAGUUAACCAUAAUUUUUCUUGGAGGAGUACCAUCACGAGGACUCUCAUUUAAAAUACCUGGAGCCAUACACCAUGCACGGUGGAUG